GGUUUGGAACAAGACAAGGGGAAAAGCAAAAUGGAGAUUAGGUUAUUGCGUUUAUCAUAGUUCUGUUUUCGUAUUCAGUGCUUAUAUGCACACAAUAGUUUGUUUAGUCGAGUAUACAUAGCUAUUAUUUGUUUGUGUCCGAAUUAGUCUGAGCGCACUCUGCUGCUUCUCGUGUUAGCUUAGCUUGCUAGUUAGCUUAGCUUGUUAGCCGCUAACAAAGAGACGCAGAAGUUAUCAACACGUCGCUAAGCAGAGAUCAGAUGUGAGUGUUAAGUGUUGUGAUUGUGUGAAAAUGUGCGAAAGAAUGAUAGCAGAUUACGAGGAGGAACUUUGUCCAACAAAAGAGGAGAACGGGCGACAACAUCAACUACUGGACGCUGUUUUCAAGAAACAUCAGCUUGUUUUACACAGAACAGAAGUCCAGCAGUCCCCCCACAUUAAAGAGGAAGAGGAGGAUCUCUGGAUCACUCAGGAGGAAGAGCGUUUUCUUGGGCAGGAGGAGACUGAUCUAACCAGUUUUCCACUGACUGUUGUCUCUGUGAAGACUGAAGACCAUGAAGACAAACCACCUGAGUCCUCACAGCUUCAUCACAGUCCAAACAUCCAGCAGCUGAUUGGUCAUCAAGAAGAACCUCAGUUGCAGGAGGAUAAGCCCCCCGACAUUAAAAAGGAGGAGGAGGAGGAACUCUGGAUCACACAGGAGGAAGAGUGUCUUCUCGGGCAGGAGGAGGCUGAUCUCACCAGGUUUCCACUGACUGUCGUCUCUGUGAAGACUGAAGACCAUGAAGAGAAACCACCUGAGUCAUUAGAGCUUCAUCACAGUCCAAGUGAGGAGAAGCGAGAGGAGGAACUUCCAAGCAGCAGUUUAACACAACACAUGACAACAGAAGCUGAAGGAGACCACUGUGGAGGAUCACAAGUAGACAACCUCUUAGCGCCACUGUCAGAUAGUGACGACACGCCGUCAGACAAUAAUGUAAAUAUGGACUCACACACAAAGACGCACACAGGAGAAAAACAUUUCAGUUGUUCAAUAUGCGAUAAAAUAUUUUCUAACAAACGUAACAUGCAAAUACACAUGAGAACGCACACGGGAGAAAAACCUUUCUGUUGUUCAAUUUGCGGUAAAAGAUUCUCCGUCAAAAGUAACUUGCAAACACACAUGCGAACGCACACAGGAGAAAAACCUUUCAGUUGUUCAGUGUGCGGUAAAGGAUUCUCUGAUAAAAGUAACAUUCAAAUACACAUGAGGACACACACAGGAGAAAAACCUUUCAGUUGUUCAGUAUGCAGUCAAAAAUUCUCUAACAAAAGCAAUAUGCAAACACACAUGCGGACACACACGGGGGACAAACCGUUUAGUUGUUCAGUGUGUGGUAAAAGAUUCUUCAACAAAAGUCUUAUGCAAACACACACAAGAAAGCACACAGGAGAAAAACCUUUCAGUUGUCCAGUUUGUGGUAAAAGAUUCUACGACAAAAGCCAUAUGCAAACCCACUUAAGAACACACACAGGAGAAAAACCCUUUAGUUGUUCAGUUUGCGCAAAAAGUUUCAUCAGAAACUCUGAUUUGACUCAACACAUGCGCAGACACACAGGAGAAAAACCUUUUCAUUGCUCAAACUGCGACAAAAAGUUUUCUCAAAGGGAAACGAUGCUGUCACAUAUGCUAACACACAAAGGAGAAAAGCCUUUCAGUUGUUUAUUGUGUGGCAAAAGGUUCUCUAACAAACGUAAUAUGCAGAGACACAUGAGAACGCACUCGGGGGAAAACCACCACAGUUGUCCAGUUUGUGGUAAAACAUUCUCUGAAAAAUGUAAUAUGCAACGACAUGUUAGAACGCACUCUGGUGAAAAACCUUUCAGUUGUUCAGUUUGCGGUAAAAGAUCCUCCGACAAACGUAAUAUGCAAAGACACAUAAGAACGCACACCGGAGAAAAACCUUUCAGCUGUUCAGUUUGCGGUAAAAGAUUCUCUCUUAAAAUUAAUAUGCAAAGACACAUGCAGAUACACACAGACGUCUGUGAGGAACAUCUUCUCCCUGGGCAGCAGGAGUGGACCUCCAGGAUGGAGCAGGAGGAGCUGCAUUCCCCUUGCCUUAAAAAUGAAGAGGAGUACCCACAUCCCCACCACAUUAAGCAGGAGGAGCCACAGCCGCUUCACAUUAAAGAGGAAGAAGAAGAACACAGCAUCGGUCAAGAGGGAAAGCAUCUUGAAGGACUGGAGGAGUUCCCAGUGAUUGGUGUCCCUGUAAAGAGUGAAUAUGAUGAGGUCAAAAGUGAAAGUGAGGAGAAGAGAGAGGCGGAGCCUCCAAGCAGCAGCUCAACAGAAGCUGAUGGAGACCACUGUGGAGGAUCACAAGCAGACAAGCUCUUCGCUCCACUGUCAGAUAGUGACGACACAACGUCACACUCUCCUGACACUGAUGAUGAAGACUCUAAAGCUGAUAAGACACACUUUCAAUGCUCUCACUGUGACAAAACCUUUAAUCACCGUCGUAAUCUAAAAGUACACACGAGAAUACACACUGGGGAAAAACCAUUCAUUUGCUCAGUUUGCGAUAAGAGAUUCUCUCUUAAGCAGCAUUUGAUAAAACACACAAGAAUACACACCGGACAGAAACCUUUUAUCUGUUCGGUUUGCGGUAAAGGUUUCGUAGACAGCCAAUGUUUAAAAGUACACACGAGAACACACACCGGGGACAAACCCUUCAUGUGCUCGGUUUGUAGUAAAAGAUUCUCCCAGAAAGCAAAUUUGAUAAUACACACACGAAUACACACCGGUGAAAAACCUUUUAUCUGUUCAGUCUGUGGCAAAGGCUUUAUCCAAAAUCAGGAUUUGAAAAGACACAUGAAAAUACACACCGGAGAAAAAACCUUGAUGUGCUUGGUUUGUAGUAAAAUAUUUUGCCUGAAACAGCAUUUGAAAUUACACAUGAAAACACACACGGGUGAGAAGCCGUAUUCCUGCUCGAGCUGCGACAAGAGUUUUUACGAACGUGCAAAACUUGCAGUGCACAUGAGAACGCACACGGAUAAGAAAGUGUUGAGUUGCAGCGUGUGUGGUGAAAGAUUCUCUUUUAAGUACCAGUGUCAGAAACACAAGUGUGCCGGUGAGAACAGCAGCAGCAAAUGAAGCUGCAGGGUUUUAAAUAAACGGACUUUCUAACAACAUCACCACAUGUAACGUGUUUGACAUCAUUGUGUGACAACCUGCUAGCUGUGUCUCGCCGUCAGCACUGCCACGCCCCCAAUGUCAUGUUUUUAUCAUUUAUACAUUACUGUAUAUAUUGUUUUUAGUGUUGUGGUUUUAUUUCAGUUAAGUACAUACAUUAAUAUAAACUUUAUUUAUUUUUUCGGACAUGGCGGAAUUGUAAAUAUGUGAUGAGUGCACUGAAACUGUAUCCAUGUUCAAAAUAAAAUAAUACCAAUACCGAACAGCUGCAGCAAUGAGAGGAGUCAUUUCAAAUGCACCACUAGAAAUGUCUAUGGAUAAAGUAACAACCGAAUAAAGGUGGGAAAAUAAGAGAUGCUAAAAGACUUGAGAUUAGUAAAAGAGUGAAAAGUGUCAGUUUAUUCAUUUGACUGGUGCUUGAUAA